CUCAUCCUUCUUUGGCAACCUUUCGGAUGAAUGAGGCAAUGCGAGUUGUUGUCAUAAAACAAACAGAAAACCAAAGCCAAAACCAACAACAACAUGAUCGCUUCUAUCAGCACCACCCUUGCCCAGGCUCUUUCCAUGGACGUCUUCAUUGCGGACGCAGUCAAGAUUGCCGCUGCGGUCCUUGCCGUUUAUGGUUUCACAUGGUUGCAAACAGAAUGUAGGUCAUUGGAUGAGGGUAUCCUGGAAGAUUGCGGCUCAUACUUUUGUGCCGAACAUAAAGAAAAGUCUGAGGAAGAAGGAGAGUCCAGGGAAAGCGGCAACUUGUUUUUGAUCAUGGCGCAAGCCGCCACGGCUCCGUUUUCCGAAUCCAUGGGCGCUGAGAUUGAUGAAAGCGAACGCGAAGAUGAGGAAGAGGAAACCGAGCCACACAAAGAAACUGAAGAGGCCACACGAGCAAGACGAUCAUCACUUACUUCGCUCUCAAGUGAACCAGAAUUGUGGCGAAUGGUUCUGUCUACUGGGGCUUCCUUCAACCAGGGUCCUCGACGCAGUUUUGUUCAUGUUGAGUCGUCAUAAAGAGUUUUGCAAACAAUACACAAUAUAUGCAUCAUUCUCAGAUUAGCUAUCUGGAAAACCGGGGGAUCUUUGCUUUUUUGAUAGAUAAGCGCCAUGUAACAAGGCAAAGUCGACACUU